GGAAAUGAUAUCAGUCGCGACUCGGUCGAGGGAGCCCCAACAGCACGACUACGCUCGGUGCCCCUCUGACGCGAAUUUAAACAAACCUAUGCAUAUUCGUAUAUUCAUACGAAACUCGUUUAUGCAACAACGACACGUGUAUUAUAAACACACACACACAUAUACAUACAUUACAGAAAAACACACGAAUACACACGUAUAUUAUAUCUAAUAUAAAAGUAUAAGAUACAAAAAAAACAAAUAACAAUAUAUUAUACAAAUGUACACUCGUUAAGAAAAGUAUAAAAUGCGAUUUACAAAUUCGAAAGGAUUUUACAGUUUGGUGAUUACGAUUAUAAAAUAAAAGUAAAAAAAAAAAGGGUGCAUGAUCCAAUUCGCGGUUCAACCUAUUUAAAUGUCUCUUCAUGGACGAGCUAUCCGUGAUGCACGAACGAUUACGAUCUAGUCAGUAUUGCAUAGGAUUAAAAUCUUCUAGCAUAAUGGGCGAGAAAACGUUCAAUCUUACAUGGAACAAUCACCUUGCAAACUUGUCAGGUUUGUUCGAGGGUCUUUACAAAAGUGGCUCCCUCACUGACGCGACCUUAGCUUGUCAGGGUGGUAUGCUAAGGGCACACAGACUUGUUCUGGCAGCAUGCAGUCCAUAUUUCGAAAGAGUUUUCAAAGAACAUUAUGGGGAACAACCGAUUCUUAUACUAAAAGGAGUUGCAGUAGAAGAAAUGGAAUGUCUUUUAGAUUUUAUGUAUCGUGGAUCAAUCGACGUUGCCGAAGAACAUUUACCAUCGUUGAUAAAAACUGCUACAGAUUUGGAAAUACGUGGUCUUUCGGGUGAUCAAAGAAAUCAGGAUAACAAUCGUAAUUCUUAUAGCAGAUUAGAUUCUUCGAGAACGCAACGAUGUCACAUAGAAGCAAGGGUGCAUACAACCGAGUAUAUAAAAGAUCCAUCGGUCAUUCCUUUUUUACCAAAACAAUCGUCGGUUGCAUCUUUGGAGGAUAGCAUCAAGGUCGAAGAGAUCGAGGUCGAGGACGAUCCUAUGGUCAUGGACAGUCACGAAGAUCCAUUCGAUGAACAACCAUUACGAUCAUCCGGAACGCAAAUCAGACGUAUACCACCACCGAUGUAUAAAAGAGAGACCAGAUACAAGGGACAGAAAAGAGUGUCGGUUGGUCGAAUAACAAGAAACAGUGAUCCAUUAGAAAUCAAACCAAAGGAUCGUGUGACUUUAAGAAAUGAGGAUAGAGAUUUGCCUUACGAAGAUGCGAGUAGUACGGUUAAAUCAUUCAACAAUGGUUCUGUUGAUCCAACAGUACCAGAUAUUCAAAUGAAUGAUGAUUUGAGAGAACGAGAAGAAAGUAUGAUAUCACCAAAGAGUCCAGAAGAAACCUUGAGAAUAGGUGUUAAAAGAAAAGCAGAUAUGAUUACGAAACGUGGUAGUAAUAGUAGUGCUAGUGGUGGUGGUGGUGGGGGUGGGGGAGGUGGUGGUGGUGCAAACGAAGGAAGGGAAAUGAAAAGUUCAAUAAAAUCCGAACGAGCCCAAUACAAACCUUUUUCUUGCGACCUUUGUAUUCUGGCUUUUACUCGAGCAUCACAUUUGGCAAGACACAGAAGGGUUCAUACAGGAGAAAGACCAUUCGCGUGUAACAUAUGUCCAAGAAUGUUUGCCAGGCAAGACAAAUUGAAACAACAUUUGGAUUCGCAUUUACAAACGUCUAAGAAAAAAACCAAUUUAAAUUCAGCCCCAUCCAUUUCUACGGCAUCUUCUUUACCGGUCAAAGGAAAACGCGGAAGACCUAGGAAGGUAAAUGCCGAACAAACGGCGAUGCAGGAUUUUUUAAAAUUCGGCGAAUUCAGUUCACUAUUGGACAAAUCGCAAACCAAUAACGAGGGUUUAAGUAAAAACGAUGAAAAUUCUGGCAAAACAUCGUCGACGAGUGCAACGACGACUACCAUGACAUCGACCACUACGAUUACCACGGAUGUUGAAAAAAGGGGACACAGUCGGGAUGAUUUUUCUAAACAGAGGAGGGACCUCCUUAAUGAUACCAAUGAAAUUAAGGAAGAUGACAAAGAUAAAGAUAAUUAUGGGUGUCAGGUUGAAAAUGGUCAGGAUAUCGUUUAAUGAUACUUUCCAAUCGCGUUAUUAUUUUUUCUCUCUCUUUUUUCUUCUCUUCAAUCGACACGACUUUUUAUUAACAUUAGGAUUUAUUUUUUAUUUUCUAUAUUUUCCGCGUAACGUCGUGACGCGCGGUAUAUGAGUGUGUUGUGAUUGUCAUUUAUUAUUUAUAAAAACAAAAAGGAAUCAACAAAAAUCUAGGAUCGUUUUUUCAUAUUGCGCAGGUUAAUUAUUAUCGAUUAAUUAUUCCUUCCGUUUAUUCGUGUAUCUUGUACCUGAGUCUGAUUAAACACUGGCGACUAAUAAUGUUUUACAUUUUAUGAAUCAUUUUUAUAAGUAAGAAAGAAAGUACUGAUAACAGAAAAUAACACACACACACACACACACUUAACUUUGUUUUAUUCAACGAAUGAGACUUUUAAUCGAGGUUUGAUAGGAUCAAAUUUAAUGAAUUAAUGAAAAGGAUUAUUUGUUUUAAUUAUUCAUCGUGUAUAGGAUUAGGAAGAUUUAGAAUGAAAUAAUAUAAAAUAUACGAUUGGAGAUUCGAACAUUUUAAAAUAGGUGGAAAAUUAUGAUCUAAUACAGGACUUCUCAAAGUUUUUCCAUUCAAUUAAAUCCCUUCUUCGUUUACCCGAGUAAAUCUUUUCGUUACACCGGGUAUAAAUUUUAUAUUAUCUUUUCUUUUAAUAUUAUAAACUCUCACAGACACACAACAAGAUUAUACGUUUAGUUUAGUAUUAAUUUUUAUUCGUCUCUAAGGAAUUUGUUAUUUUUGUUUAAAUUUUUACGACCCUCUCCCCCAUAGACGGAACAUACACUUUGAGAAGCUCUGGAUCUAAUUUACACCAUAAAUUUUAUUCGACUCUCUAUUUCCAUCGAAGGAAUCAAAUUUUUCUGUCAUUCGUUGUUUUAUUCGAUUACCAAAAAAAAAAAAUUAAUACACCGAUCAACUUUCUAUUAAUACUUCAAAUACAUACAACGGUAUUAUAGAUAAAAAUACGUUUAUCGUAAAAUAUUUAUUAUGGGAUUAGGAUCGUAAUGCUUUUCACGAUUACCGAUCGUUUAAAUAAUUUAAAGAUAUUAUAUAUAAAAAUACGUAUUGCAAAAAAUAUGCAAAUCGUUUUAACUUAUAAUUGGACUCGAUGAUAACAUUGUGAGCCAAUUAUUUACGUAAAAAAAGAAGAAAAAAAAAAUAUUAC